AUGGAGAACCCAUUUUACGGAAGCUACUGGUCCCGACCCUCUCGCCCCCGUUGUCCUGUGUAUCCGUUUCAACAUAAGCCGGUUGAUGAAUCGCCGGAGUCGAAGAUCGUUCAGAUUCCGGUCCACUUCGUACGGCCGGAGCCUACCCGAGCCGCUGCUGCGUUGAAGAUCCAGAAGGUGUUUCGCGGCUUUCUGGUGAGGAAAAGCAUGAAUCGCGUGAUGUCCGUAGCGCGGGAGUUGGAUGAAAUUGAGCGGAGAGUUUCGCAGAGAGAAACGGUGGAGGUGUUGCGGAGAGACGAGAGGGAGAGGAUCCGCGUGAACGAGAUGCUCAUGUCUCUGCUCUUCAAAUUGGAUUCGGUUCGCGGGGUUGAUUCGGGAGUUAGAGUUUGCAGGAAGGCUGUCACCAGAAAGGCCAUUGCUCUGCAAGAGAGAAUUGACGCAAUUGUUAACAACUCCCAUCAACAAACUCAAUCUGAAUCCGUUGAUCAAAUACCAUGUAUCGGCGAUUCGUCUGAGAGUGAACUUGAAACUGGAAGGACAGCCUAUCAAUCUGAUAAUCCUGCUCAAAUUGAUACCGAUAGUGUUGAAGAACCUAACGAUUCUCCUGAAAACGUUGAAAAAUCCGAAUUGGAAGAUGAUGAACGCGAUGACACACAAUUGAUGGAGGAGAAGAAUGGAAGGCUGGAGAUUGAAGAGAGUAGCAACAGGGAAGAUGAAACAACAGAAACAGAGAAUUGGUGGAGAGGAUGA